GACGAGAAGAAAGAUUGCACACACCAGAUGAUAUUGUGUAGUAAUUGUGACCUACAGUCACUGUAGUACAGUGUCCAUCGCUCUGCAAAUAUAUGCUGAAUGUAUCGCAUUUUAAAUUAGUGUGUGACCCGUGAAAUUAUUAUCAAGAAUAAAAACUGAGAAAAUAAUAAAUUUCUUUGUUCCAGUAAAGAUAAUUCACUGAGUGAAUUUUGACGUGUCAAUUCAUUUCAUUUGAUCAAUUCGGAAAAAAAAUUCACCGAAUUUUUUUUCAAUCACACUUCAAAGUAAAUAAUUGUUUGUAAAUCUCGACAAAAUCACAAUGGAUUGUUUGCUGACCAUUAUCGUUGGUCUGUUUAUCGCAAUAAAUUUAAAUGUGACCACUGCGUAUCAAGAUUAUUCGUUACGAAAAUUAUGUUCAGGAUCUGAGUUUCAUCGGUCGUUUAAUAAACUUUACCACAAUGAACCGGGCCUUGCAUUAUUUAAUCAAAGCGACUCAGCUACAUAUGUUCAUGACACUUUGAUUAAGGAUAAUAUCGAUGAAUUUCAAAAUUGUGAAUUUACAGUCGAUGGUAAUUUAUAUACACCGAAUGGACAAUAUCGUCGCGGUAUAUUUGCAUCGGUCAAUCGAUUAAAUUUUCGUCUAUAUUCGAAUGGGACAUGUAUUGAUUAUGUUCGUUUUCGAUUUGUGAAUGACUCAACCGACAAGAUUUGCGGCCGCUUCAAUGCCGAAGAUGAAAUUGGACAAAGAUCAUUCUUCACUGAACCAUCUGGCGUUAUAAAAGUUCAUAUUUUUGUCGACAAGUCCAUUCCAUUUACCCCACAACAAGAUUCUGUUCAAGUGAACCUUUUAUUUACAGCUUAUGAACCAUGUAUGGCGAAUCGCAAUUUGAUAAAAUGCAUUCCAAAUAACGACGAAUAUUGUAUUUCAUCCGUAUUCAAAAAUGAUGAUGUUCAAAAUUGUCCACCACCUGCCGGCGAUGAGAGGAAUAAACAGCAGAAAUCGAAUCAAAUUCAAUAUCACGAUGGAAACGGUAGAUCCACCAAAAGUGGUGUGACCAAAAAUAGCAUCACAUUUGGUCUUUUGUUUAUUUCUGCAUACAUGGCCCUUUCACUGUCAUACAUUUUGUGAAUAAGAAUUGUUUUUUACCUUUGAACAAAAUCUUCAGAAUUUUUUCUGUGAUUCCACACAAAUACUUAGCGUUUUUGAGCAACGUGCACACUUUUUCAAUCUUAUAUUACGGGUAAAUAAUUGAAUAAUUAUAGCCAAUAAUAGAAUUAUAUACAAAUAGAUUUCUAUUGGAUAUAUUUAUAAAGUUUGCAUUACAUCUAUACAAUUGAAAAUACACUGUUGAUGCUUAUGAAGCAUCAAAAAAGGCAUUUUUUCGAAUGUUUAGAGAAAACUAUAUUUAAAUGGCUUUUGUUGAAUGAAAUCUCUUUAAGAAGUAGUCUUUGAGUUGAUAAUCUUGAAUAUUAAACUCAUACGAUUCGUAUUGGAUGCCUUCGGUAUGCCUUAAUGAAAAUUAUUUUUAUCUAGUCGCUUGCUCUGUACUAUUGAGUGAAAUAAAUACAAUUACAGUUUUAAAAAA